CCGGGUUUAACAGCAACAUGGCAGCGCCCUUAACUCUCCACCUGGAGUUUGGAGGAGGAGCUGAACUUCUGUUUGAUGGAGUCAAGAAUCAUCAUGUGACACUCCCCGGCCAAUCAGAUCCCUGGGACAUGAAGCAGCUGCUGGCGUGGAUCCGAGGAAACAUGCUGAAGGAGCGCCCCGAGCUCUUUAUGCAGGGCGACACUGUUAGACCAGGUAUUCUUGUAUUGAUUAACGACGCAGACUGGGAACUGAUGGGAGAAUUAGAGUACCAGCUUCAGGACCAGGAUAAUGUUGUCUUUAUCUCCACACUUCAUGGAGGUUAACUGACUCUUAAAAAAGCACCACCGCACCCACAGGAGCCCCUGCACCCUUCAAAAGGUCAAAUAUCAAAUGAUCCAUCAAAAAUGGCUGUGUUUGCUGAUUUCAAUUCUGACAUUGGACUUCUCGACCAAUCCUGUAAAAAGACGCUGAUUAUUUUGGUUUUAAAUCCAAUCAAAUGUAACUUCAUCGGGCUGCGGGGUGAACUGUUCACUGGCCCCUGCACCUUACAGGAGUAUGGUGGGGUUAGGAUGGGAGAAUGUGCUCAUUAGGAAGGUCACACAGUCUAGCCACUGUCCAGAUGGAUUCUCUGGAGACACGGUGGAACGGUUGCCCCAUGUCAAAUGGCACAGUUAUAAUUUUCAAUAGUUUUUUUGUUUUCAAUGCCUUAAUAGUCAUACAUUUUUGGAUGCUAUGUAAGCCUAUGCUUAUUUAUUUUAAUCAAUAAAUAUUUUGUCAUUUAUAUAUUUAUUUUUUUACUCAAUACAUUUCG